AACAAGAAAUUCGGCGAGUGCAUAACUCCAAUCCGUUACAACUUCAUUCACAUGUACUGUUUCAAUUUUUUGUUCGUUUUGUGCUUUUCCUGGCCAAUCCUUCAGUAAUUUUUAUCAUAUAAUUAUAGUGAAUUUUUUGCAAGAUGUUUUCCCUUACAGUGUUGAGCAAACAUGCAAGUGUUGGAUGUGUGGGUGGAUGAUUGUGAAUUCAGUUAUUUGGGUUCAUUUUUACCCAACUUGUAUUUUGAUUCUAAAAUCAUUAUCAACAGUAGGCCACUCGGCUGUACAUGUUCAUGGCGUUGUAACGGAUUGGAGUUAUGCACUCGCCGAAUUUCUUGUUUCUUCGCUUUUUCGUGCUUUUCUUUUCCUGGCAAUCCUAGCAACGUUCACAUUGCAAAUGUUUUUUUAGUUUGAUUCCCUUUCUUUUUCAGUACAGCAGUAUUUUUAUACUCUUCAAUAAUGAAAUGUGAAAUGCCUAAGAGGAAUGUCAAGAAGCAAGAGAAGUUCAAGAAGAGAAGAGAAGACAGGCCAUGCAGACUGGAAUAUAUGAACACAUAAUUCUUAUUACAGUGUUCAUUUAUCUAUGCAUGCUAAAUACUGGAGUGUAUACUUCAAAGUGCAAAAGCAUUGGAGGCCUAUGGUAGAUCUAGCCAGUAGCAUACCUGAGUUGAGAAUGGAGAGAAGUUGGAGAAAAGGACUAGGGACUGUUUGUGUACCAAUCAAUGUCACAGCCGGUUAACCAGCCACGCCCAUCUCAUAAGUUGCCAUGUGCGUUGCUGUGGCAGUCAUUUAAAGAUGGCGGAAUUGCGUAGGUAAGAAAAGUGGAGCCUGAGAGGUCAUCUGCCUCUUGGAAGCGAACGCAAUUCUGAGAAAAACGCCCAUGGUCCGGAUUCUAGUCGACUAGAGGCUGUAUCUAGAAUCUUCUGAACAUGUCUGUACAAGGAGGAAAUGCUUUCCAAGAAAGUUACUUACUUACUUACUUACUUACUAACUUACUUACUUACUUAGUCAGUCAGACGAAACGCGGUGAAAUAUGAAAAUAGUGCAAUUUUUCAAAUAUCAAUAGUAAUGCAUGAGAAUAUUCAUUGACUAUAAUUUCACACAUUUAGACAGAUAAAAGGCUAACUAAGCUAUCUGUCAACUCAGUUUCUUGCUGUGGCCCUUCCCUGCAGAAAUAGAGCAGUCUAAACACGAGUCAAAAUUUGUGCAAUAAUUGAAAACACACACAACUGCACUGUCAAUCCUAUGUACAACCUACUGGUUGUACUAAUCACCAAAGGCUUGAAGAUGACCUAAAGGCAAUCAGUGAUUUUUUUUUAACAUUAAGAGAAUCAUCACUACUUUUAGAGCAUUAUCAAGUAUAAACAGAGCAGGGUAUUUACUGUUAAAUAUAUUAUCGGUGGCUUUAUUUACCUGUAUUAAAAAUCUAAAUAACCCUCACUCUGUGCCUCUAACAACAAACGUGCUUCGGCACCAUUAUGCUGUAAAAAAUCAGCACUUGCCUUUUCUAUAUAAUCUGACACCAUGCAUUAUGUAUGGAUUGCGCUAAACUUUUUUGCUUUAAUAUAAUUAUCCUAAUAAUCCUGGUCUGCAUUUGCAAAAAAGUGGAUUCAUCAUGAAAGUAAAAUGGGAGUGUGAUACAUAAUUAUACUAUCUAACUCAGUUAAUUUAUCGAGAAAUUGUUUUCUAUAUGCUACCUUUCAUGUCCACCCCCUUUUGAUGGUUUACCUGCUUAAACCCCAAUAUAUAUAACCAUUUCCUAGCUGUUUCUCGAGUUAUAAUACAUUCAUGUUCAUUUUCGAUCCACACACGAAACAUUUCUACUGUUAAAUUAGGUACACCUAACAAAUUUCCUUGCACUGACACAGAAUUCCUCAUUUUUAAUCAAGCUGUACGGCUUUUUGAUACUCUUACCCCGACUAGAUGCCAGAAUGGUCUCAAUUAAUGCCAUCGUCAUCAAUUACAGAUGGAUCUACAUUAACUAGUGAAAGAUAAUAAUGAGCUGCCCACCUGCGUACCGUUUCGUUUCAGCAUUAACACCACUUAUGUCAGCUGCCCUUUUAGACGCAUCAACUAUACCGUCCCCCCACAUCUUUACUGCUAUACUAAUGAAAGCACCAUAGGUGCUGAUGCCUCGGUGGAGGUGCCAAAGCUACAUAACAUAAAACUACUAAUAGCUAGCUUUUAUACACACAUUGAUUAUAAUUAUCAUGAUGAAUUUUGCUGCAUGCAAUCAACCGAAUAGUGGGUAAUGAUCAACCAUGAUUGUUGUUAAAAACGAUCGAUGCCAAAAGUUCAAGUCUAAAAUUACUGAAUGGCUGCAAGUCAGCAGAGCUAGAGAGCCUUGCAGCUCUCUGCUCACUCUUGCAGCUACCAAUAGCUAGCGUUCUAGUGCAGAGCUAACUACUAAGUAGAGUAGUAACACUUGGUGAACAAGUUUUGCUACAGACUCUUCUGAAAAGGCUGCAAUAGCAUUCCAAGUAAGCAAAACUAGGCAUAACUCGAGAACGAAGCAUUAUUUUGCAAAUCCACGAAUUAAAAUCCAAGUAAACAUGACUAGAAGCCUAUAGAAACUCUUACUUGCACUUGAUUCAUCCUUGAGCAGCUGUAGCGGUCUACACACACACACACACACACAGACACACAAACACACUACCGUAUACCUCGCUUGCGCAUGCGCACCGAGGCAUAAAAACCUUGAGGGCAGUUGCCUUGUGAAGCUCAGGGCUUAUGUUACGCUCAACGUAGUCCUCAAUACUAUCGCUGCCCUGGUCAAAAACGUCUGGGCACUGCUUGAGCAUUUUCUGAAGGGUAGGCUGGCUAUGUCCAUGUGUAUCUAUUAUUACAACCAAAAAUGCUGUCCCCUCUUGGUCGCUUGACAUCAGAGGUCUCAGGUUAUCUUCGGCCUGUCUCUUACUCUCCCUUGGUUGGGUUAAUGGGAUCUGAUUAGAUAUGUCCCCUAGAAUACUAGCGAUCCCUCUCCUUCGCCGGAGUACUGGUGAGAAAGUUGCGAAUGAGCAACAACAACGUACCCCUCUGCCUGUUCAACCUCGCCAAGCUAUCAUGGACGAGAAGAAGACCAAGAAACGUUUGGCUGAAAAUGGAAGAAAUUAUCUGGUAAGCUAUAUAGUGAAUUGGCCGACACUGUGGAGGGGCCAUGGUGCACGUGGAAACAAAAGUGUUUACGUAAGUAUUGAAGUUUAUAGUGUCGCCAUAAUUUCCUCUGCAAAGAUGGAAAAAGUGAUGUUGUCCUAUACAAAAUAACCAAAGAUGAAUGCCUAAUAGUUAUGUGUUAUUCCCCGACAUUAUAAAAGACAAAUAAUAUUAUACUCAUUGCCCCGGUAACAAUCAAUCAGCAGAAGAAGUAGCUAGCUAGUAUAGUUUUAGUUGAGGACUGUUCAAUGUACGUUAUCUGUCAUGCGAUUUUCUCAGCGCAAGUUCAUUAAAACAAGAAUUUAAGAAUUUAAAAUUAAGGAAUUAUAAAGCCUGCCUUAAAACGAAAAUGGCACUCUUUCUAUAGUUAUUGAGGAGCCGCUUGCAACUGUACGAGGAAAUGUAAAGUAUGCAAACUUGAACGGCAGAUAAAGCGUGCCGUCUAUAUACUUGAUCAAAACAUAAUGCGUGUGGUCUGCCAAAAUAACUAAAACUUAUAUCAGCAUGAUGGUAAAACGUUUUUGGCCUAUUGCACUAGUACAGUUCGGAUCGCAGUGCUCAUCUUUCUCUCAGCUCAAGACUAGCUAGUUUGUACACGCUAUAUAAAUUCAAGCUAGUAUCAUUUCACACUCCUCCUGAGGGAGCAUCAUUCUCAAGUUUGGAACGCCCCCCGCCAUAAUCUCUCAUUUUCGGUCAAUUAGGUUAGCUUAUAUUAGGAAUUAAAUAGGGUGUUCCCAACAUUGCCCGCUGAGGGGAAGCUUCGACCAAGAUAACCCACCUCCCUACUACACUGAGCCAAAACAGACGUUAAAGAUCCACUAUGUAUUGCUAAAUACCCCCCACCCCGCUCCUGGUGAGGGCACCCGCCUUAGACACAUGGUUAUACAAUUUUAAAUGUGGAGGAAGUACACGGUUCCCAUUAUUACUGUUUGAAGUGGCUUGCCCCAGCCUGCGAUCUAGUUGCAAUAUCCUAUGGUCUUAGGUGUAGACAUGUCGUUACCUUACUUAUUUUGCUACCUAGAACUCAUGGAAUGGAAAAAGACAAAGGUUCCUGAUACAAUUGUUUCUGAAUUGGACCCAGUGGUGAUCAUCAGUUUCACAUCCUCCGAAACUGUUCACGACUGUUUAGGACCCUCAAUUGCAGUGGCACCGACCGAAGAGGCACUUGAAUUACCACGUCAAGGUGCAACUGCUGCACUAAGUUUGGCCGCCGCCUCACUUUGGGUCAAUCUAGCGGCAAAAAAGGCUAUUGGCAGUGAGGCCUAUGAGAAGUGCCGGGGUAAAGAUGAGCAUGAUACCCCCAUCUCACCGGGGUUAUAUCUGGCUGGGUUAAAUUGUUCUCAACUUCAUAAUAUAACCGGCUAUUUCAACAGAUAUGCCAUGUGGAAAGUGAAAUGCCAAGAAGCCAACAAAUCAUUGGGAUCUGUAUGUGUCGUCACGGGCGCUGAGACAAAAAUGAAGAUAACAAAAGUAGCUGUAGGACCAUUUGUGAACAUUCUUGAAUUGUGAACAUUCUUGGAUAGUUUGUUUAGGAAGGUUUAAUAGGAAGAAAUGUCUAAUAGAAAAAAUGUUUAAUUCAUCCGUCCAUGGUCAAAUGUUAAGUAGGGGGCGUACACAUGCAUGGUGCAAUCCUCUCAGUCCAUCUAAUUGGUUCAUUAGGUGUUGAUCAUGGCGUGGGGGCGUGUCAAUACCCUAAGUACAUUGUACCAUACUUAUUGGAUUUUGUUAAAAAUAAUCGCACCAGAGGUUUCUUUUGAGGUUGAAAAAUUAUGUUGAAGUCCAGUAUCGCAUCUACCAUAGAUUGAAAAGGAAGGAGAUUGGAAACGAAAAUUUUUGCGUGAAACACUCCGCGUUAUAGAAUGUACUGUACACAACUCCCAAGCCCCCUAACACACAC